CCUGAAGGUACUAUCCUAGGAUGUAUCAGCGCUAAGUAUGCUCCAUCGGAUUGUCUGCGCUGGUACAAGUGCAUUUUGCCUUUUUGCGCUGGAUGGGCACUAACCAGCGCAGGAAUCUGAAUACAGUUAUCAGCGCGCCUACAUUAUCAUUCCACAGGGAUUUAUAUAACAAAAUAGCUUGUCCUUAGUACUGCCCGUCAAGUAUUCGCUGGUGCUGGCCAUCAAACGCACCACGCCAACUAUACGCACAAGACUACCGGAUAUAUUAUUUUGUUCGCAUCUCCUUGAACUUAUUAAAGCCAGCCCCCAGGAGGGGGUGCCAGCCAAGCUGUCAAAAGCUAACUGUCAUGGCUCGCACACCAACACACAGCAGCUAGUUGGGCGCCCUCCGUCCCUACGAUGGCUACUCAGGCGGAGCAACGGCCUUUUCCACCUACUGACUGGGGCUUCCUCUACUGUCUACCCAACCAGAAUGCCCAUGCUCUCCGCCGAGGACCUCAAGUUGAUGCCUCGCUUGCAUCAGGCACGCACCCAUCUUACGUGAAAAAGGCGCUAGACAUCCUCACCAGCUUCCGCAACACGCGUCCCCCGCUCAUCCCGCCCACCCAGUACGUCCCUCCCCCAGGAGCAGCUGCGCCCGGACCCGGUGGCGGCGGCGCACGCAGCGGUGGUGGCUCCUCAGCUCCCUGGCAGCCCUACACCGGGCCCUCCCAACAGCAACAACACAACCACACGCAACAGCAACAACAGAGACCACAGCAGCAGCAGCAGUCGCAGUACCCAAGCCAAACCCAGACCCAGGGACCACACCAGCAAGGCACGGGUGCAGGUGCGGGGGCGUACAAUGGUGGCGGGCCGGGCGGUCUCCCCCCACGCCCGCCCCCCCAGACCUACCCCCUAGGGGCUGCGCCACCGCAUGCACGACCCCCACCCCCACAACAACAGCAGCCGCAGCGUCUGCAUGCUGGCCAUGGAGGCGGUGGUGGAGCAGGAGGUGGUGAGGAGGAGGAGGAUUUUGAGAUGCUGGAAAUUGAUGUGGAUGCCAUUGUGGCAAAUCACGCGGGCGGUGGGGCCGGCGGCGGCGGUGGCGGAGCAGCAACCUCCCACCAGCAACAGCACCAACCUCAGCAGCAGCAAGCGGCGAACGGGUAUGCGUCUGGGUACAACAAUUCUGGCGGCAACGGUUUUGGUAAUGGUGGUGGUGGUGGAGGUGGGGGCGGGGCUGGAUCAGGCGGCACCUAUGGAGGAGGUGGAGGCAGUGGUAGUGGCGGCUUUGGAGGCGGAGGUGGAGGAGCGUACGGCGCCGGAGGUGGCUUCGCCGGGAAUGGGAACGGCAGCGGCGGGGGCAGCUUUAACAACAAUGGCGGCAACGGUUUCGGCGUCGGCGGCUUUGGCAAUGGAGGAAACAACUUUGGCGGGGGUGCUGGGGCCGGCGGCAACUUCAGUAAUACCACCACCAAUGGAGGCAGCGGCUUCGGCGCCGGCUUUGGCGGCAGCGGCUUUGGUGGUGGCGGCAGCGGUAGCGGUACCUACUACAGUGACGACAUGGGGGGUCCCCGACCCCCCGACCCCUCCCUCCGCGCCCGCGCCCCCGGAGCGCCCCCCAGCCCCACCAAGUACGAUGUGCGCGACGGUACGGCAGACCGGCGGUGGCGGGGGCCCUUCCCCUGGACCGCCAAGCUGAGGUCCACCAAUCUACAGGUGUUUGGAAACAAGGAUUUCAGGGCCUGCGGCAGCACCACGCAAGAGGCCAUCAUGAACGCCACGCUGGACGGCCACGACGUGUUCGUGCUGAUGCCCACGGGGGGCGGCAAGAGCCUGUGCUACCAGCUGCCGGCGCUCAUGUCGGCGGACGGGGUGACGGUGGUGGUGUCGCCGCUGGUGUCGCUGAUACAGGACCAGAUCUUCCACCUGCGCGAGGCGGGUAUCGAGGCGGCCCACUUCGGGGGAAACCAGGACUGGCAGGAGGCGAGGAGCAUCAUGGACAGCAUCCGCACCGGCAGCAGCCCCAUCCGCCUGCUGUUCGUGACCCCGGAGAAGGUGGCCAAGAGCGACGCGCUGGUGCGGAUGCUGGACGGACUGGUGGCGGGGGGGAGGCUGGAUCGGGUGGUGGUGGAUGAGGCGCACUGCGUCAGUCAGUGGGGCCAUGACUUCAGGCCCGACUACAAGGAGCUAGCGCUGUUCAAGAAGAAAUGGCCCGCUGUGCCGCUGCUGGCCCUCACCGCCACCGCCACACCCCGGGUGCAGGCAGACGUGCGGCUGCAGCUGCGCAUCCCCAACUGUGUGGUGUUCAAGAGCUCCUUCAACCGACCCAACCUGAGGUACGAGGUGCUUCGCAAGUCCAGCAAGUCCAUCGUGGAGGACCUGAAGACCCUGCUGCUGGCCCGCUUCGUGCACCCCGUCAAGAAGCGAGUGCUGUGCGGCAUCGUGUACUGCCUGAGUCGGGGCGAGUGCGAGCGGGUGGCGGAGGAGCUGAGGAAGCUGAGGCAGCCCAAUGGGCGCAUGCUGAAUGCGGCCCACUACCACGCCAAUCUGAGUCACGAAGAACGGGAGCAGGUGCAGUCCAAGUGGAGCAACGACGAGGUGCAGGUCAUCGUGGCCACCAUCGCAUUCGGCAUGGGCAUCAACAAGCCCGACGUGCGCUUCGUGAUCCACUUCUCGCUGCCCAAGAGCCUGGAGGGGUACCACCAGGAGACGGGACGUGGCGGUCGUGACGGCGCUGAGGCCGCCUGCCUGCUGUACUAUUCGUACAGCGAUGCGCAAAAGUCACGACACAUGCUCACGCAAUCGGCGCAGGACCUCAAAGUGGCUCCGGAGGUGCUCCGCUGUAACAUGGACUCACUCAACUCCAUGAUCAUGUUUGCGGAGGAGCAGGUGGAGUGCCGCCGCGUGCUGCUGAUGCAACACUUCGGGGAGGCGUUCGACCCCGCCAACUGCAGGGGCAGCUGCGACAACUGCAAGCAGCGCCAGGCCCAGGGUUUGCAGUACGAGUCGAGAGAUCUGACAUCCUCUGCCGUACAGCUGGUGGAUCUGGUUCGGGCGGUGGGGCAGCGCUGGAGCGCCUCGCAUGUGGUGGAUGUGUUCCGCGGCUCGCAAUCCAAGGAGGUCAAGGCGGCUGGUCAUGCGAAUCUGCCCCUGCAUGGCGUUGGCAAGAGCAUGACCAAGGCUGACGCCCAGCGGCUGUUGCGCAAGCUGCUGGCGCUGAAUGUGCUGGUGGAGGAAACAUUCCGACAGGAAAACGCCUACCAAACUGUGUCCUCCGCUAUUGCGGUGAAUGAGACCAUGGCGCAGCAGCUGACCCGUGGGUCGCUCAAGGUUGAGCUUAUGUUUGCCGUCGGGUCCGGGCCAGGAGCCGCAGCGGGGGCUGGCAAGGGAGGCAAGGCCGCCGGCAGGAGCCGCGCAGGACGUGGCGCCGCCGCAGCUGCCGGUGCUGCGGGUACGGCAACUGGGAAUGCCGGCGGCGCCGCCGGCGGCAGGAGGGCACGCGGCGGCGGCGGCGCUGCGGACGCAUGGGAUGCCGACUGGGGCGACGACGACGAUGGCGCCGCCGGCAUUGUCUACGGCAACGGGGGCGGCGGAGGCGGAGCUGAGAGCGAUGUUGAGAUUGUGGAGAACCCAGGCGUCCGUGCCAGGCCUGCCACGGCCUUCCCUCCGCCCGCCGCCAACCUCCGGCCUCCCUCGGCCCCCACCUUCCCUGCCACAACCGUCACAACCAACAACCCCUCAACCGCCGCUAACAGCACCACCUGUCCCAGUGCCGACAACCUCACCGCUCGUGAUGAGCCACUCGCGCACCUGGUGUACGACGCACUCGUACAGUUGCGCGGCUGGUUGGCACAACACAGCAAUGACAGGCGCAAGAAGGGAGAGGCGAUUCUGCCGGCAUCGGUGCUUAACCAACUUGCCAGGGCUCGCCCUCGGCGACUAGACGAGCUCAUGGCCCUCAACCUGACUGCCUUCUCCGACUUCCGGAAGAAGACCCAUGGACGCAACAUCAUCGCUGUCAUUGACAUGGCCAAGCUGCAGUACAUGGAGGCGGUCACUGCGGGCCAGGAGGUGGCCAACAUGUCGUUUGUGCUGUUGGAGGACAAGCUGCACCGCAGCACGGGGGGCGAGGGAGCGGAGGGGCCCGAGGGAGGAGGAGGAGGAGGAGGAGCCGGCGCGGAGGGCGGUGACGGCAGCAUGACUCCGGGGCCUGCUGCGGGGGGCCCAGCAGGCGGCAAGCGGGGUCGGGAGCAGCAGCAGCCGCAG